CCAUCCCGUGGGGAGGCUCAGUUGCUUCUGUCCUUCCCACCUUGGCCGUGUUGUGCGCCUGGCGCUGGUUCAGGCGGGAGGUUUAAACACUGGGGAUGUCUGGGUGGCUUGAGCGAUUUUAGGGCCUCUUGGAGAGCAGAGAGUUUUGUCUCUUCUGACUUAAAAAAAUGCCCUCGUCCGUGUGCGUGCCAUCAGCCUGCCUGCUUUUAGCCCGUGCUGUAAGGAUGAAUGGAACCAGGCUGGCAGGGUGCCACCUCCGUGUGCCGAGGACAGCCAUCCCAGCGCGGUGGUCGUGUGCCCGUGGGUUUUCCCAGCUCCUUUUUGCUUUUAAUGGUGCCAUGCCCCACAUGAGGGAUGCCAGGCUGCUGUUGCAGGAGCCCCUGUUCCUUUCUGGAGGCCGGGCGUGGGCAGCAGCCCUGUGCUGUCCUUGCUGGUGUUGCUCACCCAGUUGCAAGGAGCCCGUCACUGCUGCUCACAUAAUUUGUACCUAAUGGUGUCAUUCCCACUGUUUACCUGUGGAGCAGAUGUCCCUUAUGCGAUAACCUGCUACGAAGAGCUGCAUGCCAAGAAGCCCAGGCUUUUGGAAAUGAGCUGAUCCCUCCCACUAUGCCAUUGAAGAAAGCAACAGUGUUCCUCAACCCAGCAGCUUGCAAAGGCAAAGCCAGGAACCUUUUUGAAAAGAAUGCGGCACCAAUUUUGCACUUAUCUGGCUUGGAUGUAACUGUGGUUAAGACUGAUUAUGAGGGACAAGCAAAAAAGCUGCUGGAAUUAAUGGAAAACACGGAUCUGAUCAUUAUUGCAGGAGGAGAUGGCACAGUGCAAGAGGUCAUAACUGGACUUCUCCGCAGGGCAGAUGAGGCUGCCUUCAGUAAGAUUCCUAUAGGAUUCAUACCUCUUGGAAAAACCUGCACUCUGAGCCACACGCUGUACCCUGAGAGCACAAACCAAGUCCAACAUAUUACUAAUGCUACACUGGCCAUUUUGAAGGGAGAGACAGUUCCACUUGAUGUCUUACAGAUCAAGGGAGAAAAGGAACAGCCUGUAUUUGCAGUCUCUAGUUUGAGAUGGGGAUCUUACAGAGAUGCAGGAGUUAAAGCUAGCAAGUACUGGUACCUUGGGCCUCUGAAAACCAAAGCAGCUCACUUUUUCAGUACAUUUAAGGAGUGGCCUCAGAAACAUCAAGCUGCUCUCAUGUAUGUGGGUCCAACUGAGAGACCUCCAGAAGAGCCAGAGGGGAAACCAUCAAGACCUCCUUUGUAUGUGAGGCUUUACAGACGGCUUCGCUCAUACUGGUCACCUCCAAAAGAAUUUCCCCGGGAGGUAACCCCCGAGGACUGGGAAGAACUGAAGCUCUCCACCAUUGAGCUUUCCAUUGCAACUCGGAACAGGCAGCUUGAUCUAACAUGCACUGAGGACUUCAUGGACAUUUGCAUUGAAGCAGAUACUGUCAGCAAAGGAGAGUUUGUUCACAGAGGAAGUCAAAAGAUCCGUGACCCACAUACGUGUCCUGAAGGGAGUCAGUGCAUCCAAGCCAGCAGAUGCAUCUUGCAACUUCCAGAGGGCACUGAGGGAUCCUUUGGCAUUGAUAAUGAGGAGUAUGAAGCUAUGCCUGUGGAGGUGAAGCUAUUACCCCGGAAACUCCGCUUCUUCUGUGAUCCCAGAGUGAGAGAGCAGAUGCUCCAUGCAGCAAUACAAUGAGAAUUCAUUUCAAAGGGGCCAGUGUUUACUAGUCUUACCAGGGUCUCUUCAAAGUGCAUGAGACCUCACUAACUUGAUUAACCCCAGCAGACUAAUAAGCCUUUUGGCUAUUUUUACGCACAAGGUACUUCCAUUGGAAGUGGAUGAUUUGACCGGUCUCAAAGGGGUUAAAAAUGCAAAUGAAAAUUCUGAGAAAUGCAUGUUAACUUGAUGGCAUCUUUUUUUUUUCCCCCUCCCUCCGAGAAGUCAUCAGUGUUCCAUUUACAGCACUGCAGGCUGAGUGCUGUGUGCCAGAUGCUACUGCUGUAAUGCCACUGUAUAUUAAAGUAAAACGAAAGCACA